AUGUUUAAAGUGGCUGUGAUUCAAUGCUGUGCAGUAACCUUGGCUUCUGUUUCCUGCGCUUCUAAAGCAGAUCUAGGAAGACGCACCUCCACUCCAGCACCCCAGAGCAAAAUCCCUUCUGAUGGGAAACUGCAGCGUAAGCAGAAACACAGAGAGUCGACACCCCAAGAUGAAUAUGUGAAGAAACUGAGAACUCGCUCGGUUCAGAAUCUUUCUGCACAAGAUAGGCGACCACUUCCUGUGGGAUAUACAGCGACUCCACAUCCUGACAGUUCUGCAACCCAGGGCAACUUCAUUUCCCUACAAACUCCCCAGCAGAUUCCUUCAGAGCAGAUCUUGUAUCACUGUACUGAAUGUGGCACCAAUUUCAGUGACCGGGGAAAGCUGAAAAUACACCAGCGUAGUCACACAGGAGAGAAACCAUAUGAGUGUCCUGACUGUGGGAGGAGUUUUAAUCAGAAAUGUAACCUUCAAACCCACCAGCUAACUCACACAGGAGAGAAACCGUUUCACUGUGCAGAUUGUGGGAAGGGUUUUAAUCAGAAAGUACACCUUCAAACACACCAGCGAAUUCACACGGGAGAGAAACCGUUUCACUGUGCAGAGUGUGGGAAGACAUUCAGAUUUGCAACUGGAUUAAAAGUACACCAACGUAUUCACACAGGAGUGAAAACAUACGAGUGUCCUGACUGUGGGAAGGGUUUUAAUCAGAAAGGUGAUCUUCAAGCACACCAGCGAAUUCACAAGGGAGAGAAACCGUUUCAAUGUGCUGAUUGUGGGAGGCGUUUUAAUCAGAAAGGUGCUCUUCAAAAUCACCAGCGAACUCACACAGGAGAGAAACCGUAUGAGUGUCCUGACUGUGGGAGGCGUUUCAGUUACAAAUGUAACCUUCAAACACACCAGCGAAUUCACAAGGGAGAGAAACCGUUUCACUGUGCUGAUUGUGGGAAGAGUUUUAAUAAGAAAGGUGCUCUUCAAAAUCACCAGCGAACUCACACAGGAGAGAAACCGUAUGUGAGUCCAGUAUGUGGGAGGAGUUUCAGUCGAAGACGCAGCCUCAGAACACACCACAUAACCCACACUGGAGUGAAACCUUUUGAGUGUAGUGAGUGUGGGAAGAGAUUUGUAGAGUCAAAAAAACUAAAGAAACACAGUCUAGUUCACAGAGAUUGUCAGUCAGGACACUUAAAAACAAAAAAAAGAAUUUAUGAUGGCUGUGAGGUGAAGCCUUGCAGGAAAGUGGUUGUGAUUCAAUGCUGUGCAGUAACCUUGGCUUCUGUUUCCUGCGCUUCUAAAGCAGAUCUAGGAAGACGCACCUCCACUCCAGCACCCCAGAGCAAAAUCUCUACUGAUGGGAAACUGCAGCGUAAGCAGAAACACAGAGAGUCGACACCCCAAGAUGAAUAUGUGAAGAAACUGAGAACUCGCUCGGUUCAGAAUCUUUCUGCACAAGAUAGCCGACCACUUCCUGUGGGAUAUACAGCGACUCCACUUCCCGACAGUUCUGCAACCCAGGGCAACUUCAUUUCCCUACAAACUCCCCAGCAGAUUCCUUCAGAGCAGAUCUUGUAUCACUGUACUGAAUGUGGCACCAAUUUCAGUGACCGGGGAAAGCUGAAAAUACACCAGCGUAUUCACACAGGAGAGAAACCGUACGAGUGUUCUGACUGUGGGAGGCGUUUUAAUCAGAAAUUUAACCUUCAAACACACCAGCGUAUUCACACGGGAGAGAAGCCGUAUCACUGUGCAGAUUGUGGGAAGAGUUUUACUCGGAAAAGCAGACUUCAGUUACACCAGCGGAUUCAGACAGGAGAGAAACCGUACGUGUGUUCACUAUGUGGGAGGAGUUUCAAUCGGAAAGACAACCUGAGAAUGCAUCACAAAACCCACACGGGAGAGAAACCUUUUGAGUGUAGUGAGUGUGGGAAGAGAUUUGCAGUGUCAAAUAAACUAAGGAAACACAGUCUAGUUCACAGAGAUUCAGUCAGUCAGGACACUUAAAAAAAACAAUUGUUUCCUGAAUGACAGCACCUCAAUCACACCAGAAUAUGAAAGCAGACCUGCGCAUCUCUCGUCAGUUUCAAAUUAUUAGUAUUUCUUAGCAGACGCCCUUAUCCAGGGCGACUUACAGUCGUGAACAAAAAAUACAUUUCAAGAAUCACAGUACAAGUAAUAAUACAAUUAAGAGCAAGAUAAAAUACAAUGACUUUGGUUCUAGGAAGUGACAAACGGGCUGCAAAUUAUUGUAGCCCUGUGCUGUACACAACCUAUAUAAUGUGAGUUUUGAGUCAUUCAGAGACGUUACUUCACAAAACGCUUGGGAGGAGAGGGGGGGGGGGGUCAAUGAAUGCAUUUAGCCCCCCCCCCCCUUCUCCAUAAUUAUAAUAACACUGCAACAAACUUAAACAAGCCUGGCAUUGCAUAAAUAAACCUAGUGAAGCAGUGGCUAUCGCCUAGGCUUCAUUUUUGCAAAGAUAUCAACCAGGACAUCAAAAUCAAGUUUCUUUUGGUUUACCACCAAUGAUUUUUCAGUUGCCGUUACAAGCAGAACACUCAGACGAGGAUCGGUCAUAGAGGUUUCGUAGAUAGGUUUUAAUCAAACUUGAAACAGAAACCGGACGCUCGUUUCUGCAGUGGUUACUGGAAGAUCGAUGACUUCCUUGAUGAUAUUUAGUAAUACAUAUAAAGCAGGUUAAAUUCUCAUGGAAUAUCUCCAGGACCCCAACCACCACCCUCACCCACCCCACCAAAAAUAAAUAAAAAACUGGAUCAU